AUACGAGAAGGCGGCGCUUCGCUCCCGUUAAACCACAACAAAGAUGGAGGCGCUACAUGACAGCUAGGUUUGCAUUUUUCAUGGCGACGCGCUCAAACUCGCGCUGAAGUGAAGAUGGACGCGGGGCAUCUACCGGAGCCGUGCGCGGAGAAACGCGUCCGUAUCGUCGGAUCCGAGCUGGUGGAGAGUUACACGGUGUACAUCAUAGAGGUGUAUGUUGGAGAUCACAGUUGGACUGUGAAGCAUCGAUACAGCGACUUCCACGAUUUGCAUGAAAAACUCACUGUGGAGAAGAAGAUCGAUAAACAUCUGUUGCCGCCCAAGAAGAUCAUCGGCAAAAAUUCCAAAAGCCUCGUCGAGAAGCGACAAAAGGAGCUGGAGGUUUAUCUCCAAACGCUCCUGAGCAGAUUCCCUGCAUCGACCCCCAAAGUCCUGUCUAAAUUCUUACUCUUUCACUUAUAUGAAAUCAGUGGAAUUGCUGCUGCCCUGGCUGAAGAGCUCUUUCACAAGGGUGAGCAGUUGUUGGCUGCAGGCGAGGUGUUUCUCCUCAGGCCGCUCCAGUUGUACGCCGUCACACAGCAGCUAAAACUCGCCAAGCCAACCUGUGCCAACGGAGAUGCCAAAGCCGACCUGGGACACAUCCUGGACUUCACCUGCCGCCUCAAGUACCUCAAGAUCCCUGGAAUGAAAGCAGCGGUGGGGACGAGUAACAUAGGGGAGCAAAUCCUCCCGUUUGACCUGUCCAUCUUUAAAUCGCUGCUUCAGAUCGAGAUCAGUGAUUGUGAUGCUGGACAGAUCAAAGGUCUACCUUCCCUCAAGCCCACACUGGCCACGCUCAGCAUCCAUCUCUCAGCCAGCAGUAUGAAGGAAAUCUUGGUCCCCGAAGCGUCCGAAUUUGCGCAGUGGGAACCUGAGGGUGUUGAUACAGACUGUCCUGUGACGGCGAUCAUUCCCACGUGGAAGAUGCUCACUACUUUGGACAUGAGCCGAAACUUCAUACGCUGCAUUGAUGAGUCGGUGAAACUGAUUCCUGAAGUCGAAUUCCUUGAUCUCAGCUAUAAUGAAUUGUCUCUAGUGGAAAACCUUCAGCAUUUGUACAACCUGGUUCAUCUGGAUCUGUCCUUCAACAAACUCACGGUGCUGGAGGGCGUUCACACUAAACUGGGGAAUAUCAAGACUUUGAAUCUGUCUGGGAAUCAGCUGGAUACCCUUUCCGGCCUCAGUAAACUUUACUCGUUGGUUAACUUGGAUUUAAGCAGCAACAAAUUAGCACAGAUGGAUGAAAUUAAAAACAUUGGCACUCUUCCCUGUCUGGAGAAACUGUCUCUGGCUGAUAACCCCAUGUGCAUCAUCCCAGAUUACAGGACUAAAGUUCUGGCCCAGUUCUGCGACCGGGCCUCCGAGGUGUGUUUGGAUGGUACAACCACCACAGAAAAAGAGCUCGACACAGUGGAGGUGCUAAAAGCCAUUCAGAAAGCAAAAGAGGCCAAAGACCGAAUGGCAAACAAUGAGAAAAAGAAUGGCUUUUGCUUUCCAUCUGUCUCCCUUUCAGAAAUAACUACUUGUAAAGAAAAAGCUUUUAUUACCAAAGAGAUAUUAACUCCUGUGGAUUCUACACUUAGCCAGAGAUGCUAUGAUGUUUACAGCUCAGCCUGUGAUAUCAUUCAACAGGUGAAAACUCAAAUUGAUUCCAGUUUGUCUUCGGAGGUCACGUUUGAAAGCAGCCCCUGUUGCUGUGAAGAGGAGUGGAAACCUUGGACCGCAAAUCUUUCAAAUCUCUUUGUACCUCCUCCCUUACUGUCCUACGCUACCACCAACCAGGAGUUUACCAACCAGCUUUCUGCUCACCUCAGCCAGGCUAAUAUAGAAGAAUCAACUCCAAUACCUUGCAAAACCACGACUCUUGAGGGCACAGACCAAGGCAGUCCUCAAUCUGGAGAUGGGUACUUUGAGAUGACAAUAGAUGACACCAACGAGAUCAUGGGUUGUUCCUCCUCAUCUACCAUUCAGGAAAAUAUGCCAGAUGAUGUGAAGAAGGAAUCUGCAGUUGAUAAUGUAAAAAUGGUGGUUUGGUCUCUUUGCAUCAGUGUUGGAGAAGGUUUGAGUCAGCGGCCAACUUGUUUGGUGGCAACGGACAGUUCACUUGUGGUUUUCCACACAAGGUCAGAAGAACCAGUGAGUACUUUGGAAGAACUAAUGGAGAACCUUGAGACAGACUUGGUUGUGCCGUACACCAACAUUGAGACCUUUCAGUUUGAUAUUCCAGAGGUUUGUUUCUCCUUGAAGGUCAAGUCAAGCAAUACACGAUGGUUCUUUUUCUCAGGUGCCCAAAGUCUGAAGGAGAUGCACUGUUGCAUUGUUCCACAUGUGGACCAAACUAAUGAGCAAGUUUUGAACUCCUCUAACACUCAAGUGUUUAUCCGACAAUUUCUGAACUCUUGGGACUUUGAGGAAAGUGAGGGCAGCGUUAAAGGCGGACACUUGAUCCAUUUCCUUGAUCUAGACUCAUCUACCUCCAACAAGAACGUCGCAAACAACCCACAGUUUCCAAAGAACUCAGCUACCUUGGAUGUAUUGUCCCAAAUCGGCCUGUUUGAAAGCGGUCAGAACCAAACCUCCAAUCCCAUGAUUCUUUUCCUGACCUCUCGGCACCUCUGCAUUCUCAAGGUAGACUUCGUUACUCUGGCGUCCCGGGACCCUUCAGAAGCAAGUGCGAUGCGGAGCUGCUCCAAAGUAACCCGUAUCCCACUCUCAUUCACGCUUCUCGACCCAAAGCAGGACUGUUCGUGUAGGGCUGUCUCAGACUCUCGGCGUUUCUACAAUGAGCAUGUUGUAGAACUGAUGGCAGGUCACGAACGUCUGACUGUUGUUUUUGCCCUUCCACAAGACAAGUUCACAUUCCAGAUAGAAUUCACACAGCUUCGGUCCAAUCUGAGGGAAAUUAAGACCAUCGCUCUCCAGCGCACCAAGAAAGGACACUCUAAAGUGCACAGUUGUCCUGCUCCUGCUACAGCCACAGAAAGAAUACCUACCAGCAGUGUCCCUCAGGAGGUGCCAAGACCCCACCUGACCCUGUCUCUGCUGUAUCCAGCCAAAUCCCUCAUUCAGCAGCUGAUGGAAGACAACCAAUGUCCCUCACACUUCUCGCUCUCCUCCUCAUUACUCCUCAUCUCGUCUCUCAAGGGAGACCAGCUCGUUCACUUCUUCCACGACAAUAUUGCAGAGAUGGAGAAUGAGGAGCUGAAACACAUUCUGUGGACGUCGGUGCUCUUCUACAGAUCUCCUGAUGUGGAGACGACCGCCUGUGUCCUGCUGUCCACCAAAGCCAUCUACUUCGUCCUGGACGAUACGGCAUCCUCACUCACCAACCAAUCAAUGAUGUGGACCUGGAACCCGUCUGAGCACAAGGACACUGAUUUCCUCUUCUCCUUCUGCUUCACCCUAAAACUAAAAGACCUGCAGAGCGUCAAUGUGGGCUUGUUCGAUCAGUACUUCAGAGUCGUGGGGCCCUCGGCUGAUCACAUAAUUUCCUGUCUGACACGUGACGGUUACGGCACACACCGGUUCCUGCAGCAGCUGAUGAUGGUUUUGACCUUGCUGGAGAAAGUUCCCUCUCCUGAACCUUCUGAGCUGGAUUUCUACUCGCAGUUUGGAAACAAAAGCACAGGUAAAAUGGAGAACUACGAACUGGUCCAUUCCAGCAAAGUGAAGUUCGUAUAUCCAAGCGAGGAAGAGAUCGGAGACCUCACCUUCAUCGUAGCGGAGAGGAAGACCCCUCAGGCACCGUCUCACUCCUUCAACAUUCUUUUGUAUGUACUGGUAUUCCAGGUCCACGUCGUUCCAGGCCAGACGGCCCAGAACCAGACUGUCCUACAACCCAAGACUCUUAUACUCACCAGCACGGACGUCUUCCUCCUGGAUGAAGACCACAUCAGCUACCCGCUACCCGAAUUUGCAAAAGAGCCUCCGCAAAGAGACAAGUACCGCCUCACGGAUGCCCGACGAAUACGCGACCUGGACCGCGUGCUAAUGGGCUACCAGACUUACCCACAAGCCCUAACGCUGGUGUUCGACGACGUCCCCGGACCGGAUCUUUUGUGCCACCUUACCAUGGACCAUUUUGCGGAGAGUGACGGGAAGGGCGACAGGACGCAGGGGGUUGGAGGAGCCGAGGGGGAAGUGCAAUGGUGUAUUUUUGUACCAGGAGCGGACAGCAGAGAGCGGCUAAUAUCGCUCUUGGCUCGCCAGUGGGAGACAUUGUGUAGCCGAGAGCUGCCAGUUGAGCUAACAGGCUGAAGUUGGGGAAAAAAAUUGAGAAUUUGCAGUAUUCACCUACACAGUAUGAUGAACAUUUCUUUUUACGAACGUUUUUUACAGUUUUGACACAAUGCAUCCUGGGAAGCUGUAUUGUAGAGUCCACACGAGUGUAAUAUAUAUAUAUAUUUUGUCUCAGGCUUCAAACUUAGCUUUUUUUGCUGCUUUU